AUGGCAGGAUUUGCUGCUCGAUGCCGUGUUUGGCAGGAUCGCCAUAGAGAUGUCAAAACACCGGCGGAUAAUGAAAAGACAGAACUAAAAAGUUUUUACGGUGUAACUUACAUCCCUGGGUUAUUUGACAACAAACAGCUGCGACAAAUCAUUAACAACAACAACAUUAACUUUGCAUAUAAAUCCAAUACAACGUUAAGCACAAUAUUUACAAACACAAAAACACCUAUUGACAAACAACAACAGAACAACGUUGUUUAUAAAAUUCCAUGUAAAGGCAAAGCGAAUGAAAGCUGUAACAAAAUAUACAUUGGAACAACAAAGCGAUCACUAAGCACACGAAUGAGCGAACACAAAUCGGACAUAGAAAAACAAAAGGAGACAACAGCGCUAUCACAACAUGCCUUUCACACUGGCCACUCACCAGACUUUGAUAGCAUAGAAAUAUUAGACAAAGAGAAAAUAGAAAAGAAAAGACUAAUGAUUGAGAGCCUUAGAAUACAACAACAUAUUGACAAGACGAUGAACCUAAAAGAAGAUACUGACAACAUAAGUUCGUGCUAUGGAGUGGCAAUAAAGUAA